GUCGAAAUGGGAAACGUGUAGUUUAUAACAACGGUCUUUCUAUUCUUAUUGUUGUCUGUGGUUUCGCCCCUUUGUAAAAUAAGAAUUUUCAUUGGUUUUAUGUUUUGAUGAUAAUGUACAUAUUUAAUUCAAAAAUUACCUAAUCCCUAUUUGAGUUGAGCAUUAGAUAAUUGGUUUUUGAUAUACAUUUCCAUAAUAGUGUAUUUGAGCUUUGCAAUUGAAUGAUAUUUAGGUACUUCUAGUGACUACUGGCUUAUUUAUCAACAAUAGUAGUUAUUGAAUUGAACUAUUGUGCCUUUUGGUGUAACAGGUUUAUUAUUGAAUAUAAACUGGCAUGAUUACAUAGUUAUGAUGACGCUAAACUUUAAUGACUAUUUUUGGGGGGAGAAGAACAAUGGAUUUGAUGUUCUUUACCAUAAUAUGAAAUAUGGACUUGCGGCCAGCAAAGAAUUUGCUGACUUCCUAAGAGAAAGGUCAAACAUAGAAGAAAAUAACUCCAAGUUGCUAAGCAAACUAGCAAAACAAGCAAGUAGUUGCUGCGUACAUGGCACUUUUGCACCACUAUGGCAUAUUCUGAAAACAUCAGUAGAAAAACUGUCCAGUCUGCACAUGCAGAUGGUUCAGAAAAUGAUGGAACUGGUUAAGGAAGUUGGCAAAUAUGCAGAUGAACUUCACAAGCGACAUAAAUUGGUGAAAGAGGAGGAAUCGGGCACCCUAGAGGCAGUUCAAGCGAUGCAAGCAGUAACAUUAAAUGUCCAAAAAUCGAAAGAUGCUUAUACCCAACGUACCUUAGAAUUAGAAAAAUUAAAGAAAGAAAACGCUUCCGCAAAAGAAGUAGAAAAAGCUGAACAGAAACUAAAAAAAGCUCAAGAGGAAUACAAGAAUUUCAUAGAAAAAUACAGUGCUGUAAAGGAGGAUUUUGAAUCUAAAAUGUCAGUCACUUGCAAAAAUUUUCAAGAAUUGGAAGUAAGACAUUUACUUCAUAUGAAAGAUUUCCUGAAAAGUUAUGCUGACAUUGUUGACUGGACACAUGAUGAAAUGGGAAAGGUGCAUAAGGAAUUCCAACAACAAUGUAUUGAUCUAACUGUCGAUCAGUUGCUGGAGAUUUUUGUUCGUAGCAAAUCUACAGGACUUGAAAGACCAGGUCUGUUGGAGGUGGAAGAGCCGGUGACUUCUCCCACACUCGAGUCGGAGUCAAAACCAACAAAACGUGAAGGUAACGGUCAUACAGACCAGUCUGUGCCAACACAUGCCAAACCAUCGCGCAGAACCACCUCUCUCCUAAAUCUCUUCAUGUCUAACUCCCAGGGGUCUCGUGAAAGUAGGGCAGGCCCUUGCAGCGCUCCCUCAAGUCCGACAACUCCUGAGGAACAACAGCUGACUCGGCAAUCUCAUCGUGGAUCCAAGUGGUUCUUGCGAAGUAGGCGAGACAAAGCCAAGCAGAAGAAAUCUAAAAAGAAGAAUAAGGACAGUAUUGAUAACCAAAGUAACAAAGAAGAAAAAUCUGACCUGGAGGAGAAGGAAGAUUCUCUGAAAAACCAAAGGACGUUAGAUAGCACCAUAGAACCAUCUACACAAGAAGUUGAUGAAGAUGGUUACACCAUUAGACCAAACGUUAGUCAUAAUUGGAAUAGUGAGAAAGGAAGUUUUUACUCAUCGUCUGAUUCCGAUUCUGAUGAUGAGAGGGAACGCAAGCUACACGUAGAAAUAAAACCUCUGAACAACGGUUCGGCUCCGAUGUCCGCAUCUGUAGACGAACUGCGUGCCACUGUAGAAAACUUCUACAUAUCCCCUACAGGGGGCUUUGCACGUGGCGCAAACCCAGAGCACGAUGCUUCCAUGAAACGUUCGCAGUCUGUGUCGCAGCAACUGGGGAAGCCCAGUAGCGAUCUGCUAGGCCUAAGCUUCGUUCAGAGCCCUACGGCCUCGAAUGCUUCCACUCCGACUAGCUCGCAUCCGUAUGCUCCGUUGCAGAGUCCAUCGCAGUUGGCGUUGAAUUCGCCUACGUUAUCAGUGUCUUCCAGAUACGCAGAACUAGGUGAUAUAUUUUCCGAAGACAAGGAGCUUCAACAGCCGCCUUCGAAGCAGGGUACACGUCAAACCCCUACACCAACAUCAGGGUACAUGUCCAUACCAAGGCCUCCAUCACGAAGAUCUGAAGCUUCUAGAAAUAUAAUAGGACAGAGCAGUAUAACUAGGGCAGAUAGUAUCAAUAGCUUAGAGUUUCGCACAGCUUGUAUACCAAUGGGAGUGUCAAGGGGUCCAUCACCUUUAACUAUCGGAAUGGCUGACACAAUCCCACUAGCUGUGGCCUUUCACGAAAUAGUGCAUUCGUAUUUUAGAGGUGCUGAUGAGACGAGGUGUCAAGCAAAAAUGUCGGGUGAAAUGAUGCUGUCGUUCCCAGCUGGAAUCGUUACAAUCCUCGCAAAUAAUCCGAAUCCUGCCAAACUGGCUUUUCGAGUGAAGAAUACUCAGAGAUUGACUAGUAUUUUGCCUAAUAAGCAGUUAGUUAAUAUUGAUAGUGGACAAUCAGCUGGCGAUUAUAUAGGGGUUGAGUUUAACAUGUCAGCAUUAAGCUCCUUACUCAAAAAACAGUCUGAGCAGAACCCUAGUGCUUCAUAUUUCAAUGUUGACAUACUAAAAUACCAGAUAAAACCAAAACCAGGUGCAAACUCGUGUCCAUUCCAAUUAGUUGCUUAUUGGAAAUGCAGUAGUUCACACACAGACCUAAAAAUUGACUACAAGUACAACUCCCAUGCUAUGAGUUCGCCAACGCCAUUGCUAAACGUCACUUUAGGAGUACCUGUCCCUGGCGCAGUCAAGAACAUGCAAACAAAGCCUACAGCACAAUGGCCUACAGAAAGUAACAGAUUGAUAUGGAAAUUCACCGAGCUCUCGCAACACUCGGAGAAUCACGGCGUAGGGUCUGUAGCAGCGCGGUAUGACCUUGAAAACGGACCUGGAACUCCGCAGACUGUUUCCACGCAAUUUAAUUGUGAAGGUACCACUUUGUCUGGAAUCGAGUUCCAGCUUAUCGGACCUGGAUACAGAUUGUCUCUAGUCAAACGAAGAUUCGUAUCUGGGAAGUACAUCUGCGAUGGUGACCAGAAGUUCAGUUCUGGGACUGGAACCCCAUCUACAGUUUCCUCGGUUGGAGAACCCAGCUGCUAGCAUUCCUGCAUAUCAUUUGGGAAGUACCCACUAUACUUUUAUGUGAAUUAUGUUUUGUUUGUAUAACGUUCCAUGUUACAUAGCUUAUACAGAGUGAUUUACAACAAGCUUUGCUUAGGCUAUGAUACCGCAAAAUCCAAAAUCUGACAAUAAUGGGAUAUUCAUUUAGAGGCAGUGGCGUACAUAUGGGGGGGUACAAACGAUAGAAAAUACGUUCUCGGCAGAAUUGUCAACUUUUAAACGAACUAUUCUGCGUGGUGGUCUAGAGGUUUCGUAACAAGAGAGUCCAGAAAAGUGGAGGCCUAGGUCCAAAGAUUAAUUCUUGAAACACUUUUUUCUUGCUUCACGUUUAAAUAUCGAUAUGUGCGAUAAAAGUUACGUAUGGGUUUUGGAACUCGUAGAUGGAAGCCUCAAAAGUUUUAAAUCUGUUUAUGAAGAUUUUAAUAUUCAUUUUGUUCCGGAUUGAGAUGUAUACAUGCUUUUCAAAAAGGCAGCCCCUAUUUAUUUUUCAAACGGGUCGAGUCAGCAAGUUGAAAUUCGGCGUAAUGAAAGUAAUACAUGAAUGCUAUAUUUUAGCGUAAAAGAGGAAGUUGAAGAUGGCGAAUAGGCACCAUUUUUUCAAAUGGAGUGAGGGGGUGGUGUGAUAACUCAGUUUUGAAGAUCUUUAUGAGUACUUCAUAACUGUAGAAUAUAAAAUCAUCAUCUUUCAAAAUGGCGAACUUGCUGGCUGUCUAAGUCAUGAGAGGGUUGAUUGGAAUAUGUAAUAAAACAUGGAACAUUUAUUUAAAAAGAAAUUCAAACUCUGUCAUUCUUUUUGUCUGAAUAUCCUUUAUUUUAUUAGACUUUCAGAUGAACCAUUUAGGGCAAAAUGACAUUUCAAUACUGGAAAAGUCUUGAAAAGAAGAGUAAAAUGUUAUGUUCAACCCUCGAAACGUUGUCUAAUUGAAUGUUUAUUUUUUAUGUUAUGCCCAUUUACGAUUUUGAAAACAGAAAGUCGGACAUACCACCGCCAUGAUUUUUUUAUUUCAAAGAAGUACCUCUGAAUGAAUCACCCUUUAUAAUAAGGUAUUGGAAUCUUAGUUAUAUGUUGCAAUCAGUGUUAUAGCCUAUAUAACAAUAUUGGAAAAUGAGUCUGUUAGGUUAGUCGCUCAUUGAAUUCUUUAAAAAACAAGGCAAGGUUCUCGGUUUUUUUUUAUUCGAAUUGCUUCUUUGUUGUAUAUACUUAUAGAUUCCUUGUGCGACCUACCCAGUUAUUUGUUUUCAUUUAAAAAUUUCAAUUUAAAAAUAAUUUUUAUUAAUUGCACUAGGAAUCAUUGCACCCAUCAUCAAAAUUUGAGCUGACCGCAAUGGUAGCAAUAACAUUCGAUAUUUGAAAGAAAUGAUUCGAAAAAUCAGCAUCUUAUGAAGACAAUACGAUAGAAGUCAGUUGUUUUUUAUUUAUUUGUUAAGUUAGUACAUCCAAAUGAAUCACCCGUUACAAUAAGGCGUUGGAAUCUUAGUUAUACUUUGCUAUCAGUGGGAAAAUAUUCUUCUAUCCGAAUCACUUUAUUUUAUAUACUUGUAGAUUCUUUGUGUGACCUACCUAAUUUUUUUAGACUUUGCAGUAAAAAUAAUUUUAACGUGUUAGAUUUAUGUGAAAAACUAUUUUCUCAGAUGUUUCAAAUCCGAAAAUACUCCGUCAUUCCUUCAAACAUCGUGUAAUUCCUUCACAAUGAAGGCAUUCAUCACAGCUUUGUAGUAAAAUAUCCCUGUUGUAAGGGUUUCUCGAAUAUUCGGCAUAAAAAGAUAAUUUUUUCAUGUUCAAAUAUACUUCAAAAGCUACAUGUUUCCAUCAUUGAAUUUUGACAAUCAUUUGCAGCAGCAAAUCAAAAAAGUAACAUCAUUGUGAUAUACAAUAUACUGUGUUUUUUUGUUGCAUGUACGGGGUGGCCCAUCCAUGUGUGGACGGAAUAUUACUCAUAAACAAAUACAUUUUGGGAAAAUCGAUUUAUGGUAUGUUAUACAUAACAUUUGAGGGCGCAUUUCUAAAAUAUUGGCAAUUAUACAGGGUGUACCAAUUUUGACCUACAUAUCAAAGUUGUGAUGUUUUAAAUGGAAUGCCUCAAAUUUUAUUGCGUAUUUGGACAAAGUAAUUCAGACGGAGAAGACUGAUAUAACAUACUAUGGGGUUUUGGUGAUUAGCUACUGAGAUGUAAAAAAACUUACACACCUCAGCUUUUAUCUUAUUUGUUACUUUUUCGAAUUUUAAUUUUUGCUCAUACCGGGUGGUCAAAAACGCUAAUUGUACUUUUUCUCAAACCUAUGCUGUUAAAAGUUGCCUCAUCGCUAAAAAAAAUCUUAUCCAGGAAAGUAGUGUCUUCACUCGCUUUAUUUAGCAUUAUUCUACUAAACUCCAUUCGAGCUGCGAAAUCCUGAGGACGAAGGCCUUGACGCAAGCAUAGGAGAUAUGGAUGGUACCUAUGCUUGUGAAUAAUCAUUUGAACAGAAGUUCAGCAUAUAUCAGAUUCUGCUCCAAUUUGCCGUGCACUUAAAUGGGGAUUUUCCUGCAACUUUAAUAGAACCUCCAACUGAUUAUUCGCCUCAUUGGUGACACUUGGAUUGUUUAUACAUUUUUUUACUGUAUUCCACUGCUCUACUUGAUUCAAAACGUUCUCGUAGUGUGGAAAAUGUUUCCGACCUUGGAUGUCGCAUAUUAGAGUACCGUUACUUACGAGAUGCUAGGAAACUAUUUCUAAAACGAACAUCAUAUUCACCUUUUCUUCUUUAGAAAAAUUCAGUUUUAAACACGUUUUUAUUAUAAUGCUCACAAAGCUAAUUUUGACAGUUUGUGACUAAUCAACAAUUUAUUUGUUUCCAAGGAUGAUGCGAUAUUUUAGGGAAUUAAGCCGUUCCAUACAAGACGUGCUAAUAACCGAAAAAAUACACUUAAAAACCUCCAUGUGUCUAGUAUCAAAAAAAGCUUAUAAAAAAUUGAAUCCAAACUUGCACAAAUAUACAGGGUGAUGCAUUUGAAAUUUUUGAGAAAAACUACAAUUUGCGUUUUUGACCACCAUGUAUGAGCAAAAAUUAAAAUUAGAAAAAGUAACAAAUAAGAUAAAAGCUGAGGUGUGUAAGUUUUUUUUUGAUACAAAAUUCAGUACUCCAAAAUUCAAAAUGGCGGACUGAGGGGUUGCCGAAGUGGGGGGUUUUUCUAGACAAAACACCUUAUAUUUCAGUAGCUAAUUACCAAAACUCCAUAGUAUGUUAUAUCAAUUUUCUUGUUUUGAAUUGGUUUAUCCCAAUGUGCAGUAAAAUUUGAGGAAUUCCAUUUGAAAAUUCACAACUUUGAUAUGUAGGUCGAAAUUGGGACACCCUGUAUAAUGGCCAAUAUCUUAGAAAUGUGCCCUCAAAUGUCAUGUAUAACAUCCCAUAAAUAGAUUUUCCCAAAAUGUAUUUGUUUAUGAGUAAUAUUCAGUCCACACAUGGAUGGGCCACCCUGUAUAGGUAGAAAAUUUUCUUGUUGACGAAAAAAUACAGUAAAUAAUCAUAUCUCCACGAAGGGUUUUCUGAAGCCAAGUUAUUGCUAUACAUAUAAGCAUAACACAAUUUUAAUUUUAUGUAUGAUGCAUUUUGGUAUUUUUAACUCGUUUGUUUUUCACGACAAAGCUUGUAGUUAUUUGCCCUGUAUAUUAUAUAUAUAGUUUAUGAAUGCUAUUUUAUAACCUAUGAAAAUAAAAAAUAUCGUAAAA